AUGCAGGCCGACCAGUUUACCCACAUUAUCGUUGGCGCCGGUUCGGCGGGCUGCGUUGUGGCCCGUCGGGUGGCCGAGAGCCGGGCCUUUAACGUCCUGCUGAUCGAAGCCGGGCCUGACAUUGAUACGUCUCCCGCCAAUGUUUCCUCCAUACCUUAUGGUGUACAUGAUGCCCGCCGGGUCCCUAUGGUGGGUCAAUCCGCGAUUUUUGACCCCAAGAUCGACUGGAAUCUUGAAGUCGACGUGCCUGGCGGAGGGCGGAUGAUUGUCCCGCAGGCAAAGGUUAUGGGCGGAGGGAGCAGUAUCAAUGGAGGCACUUUUUUGCGACAUACAGAAGCCGAUGCAAGGGAAUGGGUUGCGUUAGGAAAUGAUGGCUGGGAUUUCGAGAGUUCAGUCUCUGUAUACGAAAGACUCGAAGGCGACCCUCUUCGAGGCACAGGCGGACCGCAUCCCAUUGCCCGAGCGAGUAUGGACGAAGCAGGCAAGAUUCAGGCUGCCUUCGUCGACGGCGCUGCAUCUCGCGGUUUCCAAUUUACCCCGGAUCUGAAGGUAACGGGAGCGGAGGGUGUCGGUCCCGCACCCGUCUGUCGUCGCGGCUCCACCCGGGUCAGUGCAGCGGACACUUUCAUCGGCCCGGCCCGAAGCUUCCCCAAUCUUACUAUCUUGACCGAUUCGCUAGUGGAUCGAGUGCUCUUCCAGGACCAGGACUGCAAGGCCGAGACAGUUGUGCUUGCUGACGGCCGCAAGAUACGCGCAACCCACGAAAUCAUCCUUUGUGCGGGCGCAGUAUUUUCGCCAGCUAUCUUGCAACGCUCGGGUGUCGGUCCAACGGAGCUACUUCGACGACAUGGAAUUGCGCCUUUGGUCGAGCUGCCAGUGGGAUUUAAUCUUAGCGACCAUCCAUGUAUCCCACUGGUCGCGCGGCCACGACCUGGUGCUUACACGGACACGGAUUAUUCCUUGCAGAUGCAAGCGCGAUGGUCGUCGUCGCUGAAUCCCGGUGCGGUUGACUUGCAGAUGGUUUGUUUCUCGUAUCUCUUCACCCAGUCGACGGACCCGUCCACACCACGAGGAGGCCAGCCACACAGGAGCUUGGGGGGCACAGAGACAGGUCAUGUUGUGGGAAUAGGAUGUAACAUCAAUAAGCCCACUUCACUCGGCACGGUGGAGAUCCGCUCCAAAGACUCGAACCAGAUGCCGCUAGUACGUCCUAAUUACCUGAGUACCCCGCGCGAUCGAGCUCUGGCGCGAGAAGUUGUGCGCACUGCAUACGCCGUGCUCACGUCGCCCGCCAUGCAAACCGUACUCACAGCUCCGUUGGGCAUCACUUCGCAAGUUGUAGCCGACGACGUGAUGUUGGAUGGUUAUAUACAAGCUCAAUAUUCGACGACUUACCAUUUCUGCGGUUCGUGCCGAAUGGCUGAUCGCGAGAAAGGCGGCGUUGUGGAUCAGAGCGGGCGGGUGUAUGGCGUGAAAGGGCUGAGGGUGGCAGAUGCGAGUGUGCUACCGACUGUGCCGGCGGCAAAUACGAUGGCGAGUUGCAUGCUGGUAGGGGAGGUGGUGGGAAAGAGCCUCUGUGAUGGUCGAAGUGUUCAGAAGGCAGUCAGAUCUCAGAUAUAG